AUGUUUCGAGCUCGUCGCUAUCGAGUUCUAGUCAUCUUCGCUGCGGCGUUCAUCCUCACCUUCAUCCACUUCGCCCGAUCACGCGACUGGAGCGAUACGUCAAUCGAACAGCCUGUCGGCGUUCACCCACCAGAUCCCGCCUCUGCCUACCCAAACCAACCCCAAGCCCCGAAACCCGACAACCCAGCCGCGGCUGCUGCCAUCGAGGAGAGCGACAAAUAUGUCAUCCCGGAACCCAACCGCGGCUCCUCCGGCUCCGCACCCUCUACCGAAAAGCCGAAGAUAGGAUCUCCUGUUGGUCCCAGCAGCGGGUCAAAGGGUAGCAGCAGCAGUCUCAAGGAUGCCACCAAAGAUAAAGCGCCAGUUAAAGUGCCUAGCAAGGACGGUUCGAAGGACCCCGCGCCAGUGGGUGGCGCUGGUAGAUUGCCACCAACAACAGAAGACCCCUCCAGCAUUCAAGAGGAGAUGGACAACGGAGGUGCUGGUAGACAUUCAGUGGACCAUCCCAGCACUGGCAUUCGGUGGAAGAAGUUCACUGAGCAGUUCCCCGUACCGGCGGGCGAGACAAUCAAGCUGCCCAAGGAGCGGUCGAAGAUUCCCAAGCUCCAGGCUAAGUUCAAGGAUGAGUCGAGCUCGGAUAAGCAGGAGCGGUUGCAGCGACUUAGCACUAUCAAGGCUGAGUUUAAGCAUGCUUGGCAGGGGUACAAGAAGAUCGCUAUGGGGCAUGAUGAGGUUAAGCCACUGUCAAAGCAGGUCGAGAACCCGUUCAAUGGUUGGGGUGCGACUUUGGUUGAUUCUCUUGAUACACUUUGGAUUAUGGAGUUGAAGGAGGAGUUCACCGAGGCUGUGGAUGUCGUUAAGAAGAUUGAUUUCAAGACCUCAUCUAGAGGUGAUAUCCCGCUCUUUGAGACUACCAUUCGUUACCUUGGUGGUCUUUUGGGUGCUUAUGAUAUCUCUGGUCAUCGGUAUACAGUGCUUUUGGAGAAGGCCGAGGAGCUUGCCGAGAUUCUUAUUGGUGCCUUUGAUACACCAAACCGCAUGCCGCAUCUUUACUACCGAUGGGCUCCAGAGUUCGUUGCGAGGCGCCAUCGGGCCUCUAUCCGAGCUGGUCUGGCUGAAAUUGGAUCGCUUUCUUUGGAAUUCACUCGAUUGGCUCAAUUGACCCAACAGGACAAGUACUACGAUGCAAUUGCGCGCAUUACCAAUGAAUUGGAGAAGAUCCAAGAUUCGACCAGCAUCCCUGGACUGUGGCCUCUUCGUGUCAAUGCGCAGGGAUGUACUAAAUACGAUUCUCUGCGCAAUGGUAGCCCUUCGCGUGAGCAGCAUGCCGCUUCAACGACCCAGAGGACUUCCACAAAAACCCGCAGACCUUAUUCUGCGCCGACGGAUAUGGAGAGCUAUACGAACUUGAUCCCGCGUGAUGUUGAUGUGGAUGCUGAAGAACCUGUCCAACUUGCCAAUGGUACCCAUGCUGCCAAUUUGGCAAGCGUCGAGGCGCGCCAGCAACAGUCACCGCUUGCAAGCCAAUGCAAUGGCGGCUUGGAACUGCCCAUCUCGUCCCGUGAGAAUAAGUUUACCAUGGGAGGAAUGGCAGACUCAACCUACGAGUACCUGCCCAAGGAAUACCUCCUCCUAGGUGGCUUAGAGCAGUACCAGUCGAUGUACACCAAGGCUGCUGCUGCUGCCCGCAAACAUCUCGUGUUCCAGCCCAUGGUCAAAGGCGGACGUGACAUUCGAUUCAUGGCCUCUGCCUCAGUGACACCUGGAAAAGGCCCCGAUAUCAAAGAUCUCGAAUACGAAGGAACCCACCUCACAUGUUUCGUCGGUGGGAUGUUCGCCUUGGGAGCGAAGACAUUUGGAAUCGAGGGUGAUUUGGACCUUGCAGCCAAGCUUACCGACGGUUGUGUGUGGGCUUACGAGGUCACGCAGACUGGGAUAAUGCCAGAAAGAUUCCGCCUUCUAAGCUGUCAGAAGGGCUCAGCCUGUGAGUGGGACCAAGCCACCUUCGAUGCUGGCGUGGCACGUUGGUCGCGUCUUGACCCAGCGGCGGGACCCCAGUUCCGCAAUGGAGAGAGCGCCUAUGCUGAGCGUAUCAAGAUGGGCAUGAUCGAUGAAUCACGAGAGCCGGUUGGCAAGACCAUUCCCAUGGCCAUGCCAGGCUCAUUGAACCCUCACGAUAGCGACGUCGUAGAGAAGCGCAGUGAGAGCAGUGCUGCGAUUUCAUCUGCUGUUUCUGCUACCUCUGCUAUUUCAAGCCCAACACCAUUCCCUGGUACAGCUGACCUGGAGAACCGAGACGCGCCUCGUUCGCCUCCAUCGCCCGAUUCACCACAGGCGUCGGUUGGCAAGGAUCACCUCCCCGCGGGCAUGAUCAGUAUCCCAUUGCCCAAAUACAUCCUUCGACCCGAGGCAAUCGAGUCUGUUUUCAUUAUGUAUCGUCUGACCGGUGAAGAGUCCUGGCGCAAGAAGGGAUGGCAGAUGUUCGAGGCCAUCGUCAAACACACGCGGACAGACCUGGCCCACGCGGGCAUCAACGAUGUCACGGCCCAAAAGCCCACCCAGAUGGAUACCAUGGAGUCAUUCUGGUUAGCGGAGACGCUGAAAUACUUUUAUCUGCUCUUCAGUGACACGACUGUGGUGGAUUUAGAUAAAUACGUUCUGAAUACCGAAGCGCACCCAUUCCUGCGCCCCAGUUCAUAA